UCUAAUUUUCCUCAUCAACCAAUCCUCUGCGCUUCAAGAACAUAAAAUCUUAAGUGACAAUUUGUUCUGAGAAAAGCGAAAACAUUCAAACUUUCCUCUACGCAGACUCCGUUUGGGGGUUCUGUCCACCAAUUUAGUGGUUCGGGUUGUGACAUUAUUGCCCUGGUUGCAGGCCAGUCUGAGUUUGGCGGCGACGGUAUCAGGUUGCGAUAACAGUUGAUCAAGUGCAUCGGUGCAGCGUUUUCGCUGAAAAAAAAGAUAAAUAAAGCAAAAUGUGUGACGAUGAUGCUGGAGCGCUCGUUGUUGACAACGGAUCCGGAAUGUGCAAGGCCGGUUUCGCUGGCGAUGACGCGCCACGUGCCGUCUUCCCAUCGAUCGUUGGCCGCCCACGCCAUCAGGGUGUGAUGGUUGGAAUGGGACAGAAGGAUUCUUACGUGGGUGAUGAAGCUCAAUCCAAGCGCGGUAUUCUUACCCUGAAGUACCCAAUUGAACAUGGAAUCAUUACCAACUGGGAUGAUAUGGAGAAGAUCUGGCAUCACACCUUCUACAAUGAGCUGCGUGUUGCCCCAGAGGAGCACCCAGUCCUGCUGACUGAGGCCCCAUUGAACCCCAAGGCUAACCGUGAGCGCAUGGCGCAAAUCAUGUUUGAGACCUUCAACUCGCCAGCCAUGUACGUCGCCAUCCAGGCUGUCCUGUCUCUGUAUGCUUCCGGUCGUACCACUGGUAUUGUUUCCGAUUCCGGAGAUGGUGUGUCACAUACUGUUCCUAUCUUUGAAGGAUAUGCUCUGCCCCAUGCCAUCCUCCGUCUGGACUUGGCUGGUCGUGACUUAACUGAUUACUUGAUGAAAAUUAUGACCGAGCGUGGCUACGCUUUCACGACCUCUGCUGAACGUGAAAUCGUUCGCGAUAUCAAGGAAAAGCUGUGUUACGUUGCAUUGGACUUCCAGCAAGAAUCCAUGACUGCCGCUGCUUCCACUUCCCUGGAAAAAUCCUAUGAACUUCCCGACGGUCAGGUUAUCACCAUCGGAGCUGAGCGAUUCCGUUGCCCUGAAGCUCUGUUCCAGCCAUCUUUCAUUGGUAUGGAAACUGCUGGAGUUCACGAGACCGUCUACAAUGCUAUCAUGCGAUGUGAUGUCGAUAUCCGUAAGGAUCUGUACGCCAACACUGUCCUGUCCGGUGGUACUACUAUGUAUCCAGGUAUCGCCGAUCGUAUGCAGAAGGAAAUCACCGCUCUUGCCCCAUCGACCAUCAAGAUUAAGAUUAUCGCUCCCCCAGAACGUAAAUACUCCGUCUGGAUCGGUGGAUCCAUCCUGGCCUCCCUGUCUACCUUCCAAUCGAUGUGGAUCUCGAAACAGGAGUACGACGAAUCUGGACCUUCCAUCGUCCACCGAAAGUGCUUCUAAGGCUUCGGAUUCACGGGUCCAAAGGAGAUUUACUCAAUCCAGGGAUAUUUAUGCAUUAGGUUUACAUAUUUUAUGUUAUGGUAUACUGAAAAACUUUUGUUAAUAAAACGAUAAAAAGGAAAA